AUGUCAACAAUAUCAUUACCAUCACAAACUCGCGAAUGUAGUGUAUGUUCAAGUGAGAAACCAUAUAGUGAAUUCUUAGGAAACUACAGUGAUGCAUGUCUUCAUAUUGAACGAACUGUAUGUGAUUCAUGUGUAUAUGAAAAUACGAAAUUUCUUGUCGAAAAUACCAGUGUCUAUGAUGAACAACUCAUCUGUCCUGAACAAAAUUGUAAUGCAACAUUUGAUUUUUAUGCAAUUCGAGGUAUUCUUCUUGCAACAGGCAAGAGUCAUAUAGUAUUUGAAAAAUACGAUAAAAAUUUGAUCUAUCGACGUCUCGAAGAGAUGACUGAAUUUGUUUGGUGUGCACAUGAAUGUGGCUCUGGUCAAUUGCAUGAUCUCCAAGGAUCUUCAAGUCCUGAAGUCAUAUGUAUAAAAUGUCAACUACGAACAUGUUUCACACAUCGUACCAUUUGGCAUACAGGUAUGACAUGUGCUGAGUAUGAUCUUCAACAAAGUCAAUUACCUGACGAUGGUACUUGUGCAUGGCUUGAUCAAAACACAAAAAGAUGUCCCCAGUGUCGAUGGUAUAUUGAGAAGAAUGCAGGAUGCAAUGAAAUGAAAUGUCGUCGUUGUCAACAUAAGUUUUGUUGGGAAUGUCAAGCUGAUUACAAAAUUAUUUCACGUGAAGGCAAAAGUAAUCACCGAUCAUGGUGCAGUCAUUAUAAGGUAAAUAAUAAAAAAUACGAAGAUUGAGAUAUUUUCAAUUGAUAUAGACAUGGUUACAUUAUAGUUUACUUUGUUUUAGGCAAAGCCUGUCGAUGUGUCCAAUCAACAGCAGACUCAACGAUGGUGUAAUGUUCAAUAAGCGUAUUAGUUCAAUUUUAUCAACAUUGUUUUCAAUGAAUAUAUGAAUAGUUUUGCUUUUUUUUAUGAAUUCAUCACGUUUGUUUAUCGAUAUCUAUAAUGUAUAUAUUGACGACGGAAAUAAAAUCCACAUGAAUCUAUUGCUGAAUAAUUCAAAUAAAGAUCGUCUAGCCAGAAAAUAAGACAAUCAUUUGUUAGUUCGACAAAAGGAGCAUCAAGUCUUAAUACUAUUUGAUUAUUUGUCAAGAGAAGAGAAUUCGAACAAAUAUUGACGAUAGUUCUACGACAAUAGAUUAUGGUCAAUGGAAUGAUCAAAUAAAUGGCUACAUAGAGUAGGCAUCUGCAAAGUGGUCCCGGUCUCGGUCCCGGUCCCGCCGGGACCGGGACUAAAAUUUUACUUUUGCCGGGACCGGGACCGGGACCAAAAUUUUCAAGCUAGUCCCGGUAUUAUUUUUUAUCAGAAACUCGAUUCUGCGUUUAGGUAUUUCUUCUAUUUUUGUGAUCAGAAAUCUAAAAAAAACAGCAAUUUUCUUUACAAUUCUGAUAAAAAUUUUCAUCGAUCCUCGUUUCAGUUUCAAGAAUCGGAAUUUUUUCACCAUAAUACAAUUUUUAACUGGCAUCGAGUCCAGACCGGGGCCGGGACCGGGACCGGGACCGGGACCAAAAAAAAAAUUGGGCCGGGACCGGGACUGAAGAAAAAUUUUGACCGGGACCGGGACCGGGA